GUUAAGUCAUGUCAAGUGGUAGUAGAGCAUAAAAUUUUUGGUUCUUGUUUGUUCCAUUGCUAUUGUGAAAGAGGAGAAAAGGAAGGGAGUGAAGACAGGUUGAUGGCAUGCAUUAACAUGUUCAACUCAGAGCACCAGGGCUUGUGCGGGGUGCCGGCGGCUCCGCCGAUGAGCCCCCGCAUCUCCUUCUCCAACGACUUCGCCGUGGACCCGCCGCUGGCCCCACGCGGGCCUCCACCUCCGUCCGACCCCAACUUCGAGUUCUCCGUGGGCAGCCACCACAUGAUCGCGGCCGACCAGAUCUUCUUCAAGGGACGGCUCCUCCCCCUCAAGGAGAACCACCAGUACUGCACCGGCCCCCAGCGGCUGACCACUCUCCGCGACGAGCUUCGUGCCCAUGACGCCGGCGAUGGCCGGCCGCCGAAGGGUUCCAUCAGGUGGAAGGAGCUGCUCGGGCUCAGGAAGGCGCACUGCCCCACAGGCAAAAAGAAUGAUAAGAACGAUGGAGAAAUGGAGGCUGCAGAGGUGCACCAUGGCAAGUCUGCGCAGGAGCUAUGAGGCACUAUGGAGGAAUGCGAAUUUAAAAGACAUCGGUGGUAACAGUACAUGAUACAUGAAGUAGCAAAGGAAGCAGUAGUGGUGGUAGCAGCUCUUGUUAUUAUUUUUGUUUUUUGCUUUUUCUCUUCUCCUUGUUGAUGUUGUCUUUGUAGUUGGAGGAAGAGGUGGGUGGCUGUGUAGGGAUGACGCUUGAAGUGGGGGGCACUCCUUUUGUUUUUCUUAGUCUGGGAGUGGGAGAAUUGGAUGAAGGGGAUGUGCAUUGUAUGAGAGGUGUUGGUUGGGUGAUAUUAACUCUCAUUGAUCUGUCUGUUGAGAUAGCUUAAUUGUAUUUUUCCAACAGGGUGUUGUUUAGCUGUCUGCUUCUUUUUCCUUUUUUGUACAGAUGUUUGUAGUUGAAAAAUUAUUGGUGUGAUGAUAUUGAUUUCAGAUCUAUGGAGAUGGGGCUUUUAA